AUGGGCCCUAUCGACGUGGAUAACGUCCCAGUCGUGGGUUCAAUCUUAGAUGACUCUCAUAAGGCUGUAUUGUAUUACGCAGUAGACAUUGGCUUACUCAGUGAGAAAGACUUGAAGUCAUGGUGGCCCAAUGUCUUCACAGACAAAGCAGAGAUUCAAAGUCUCUGUAAGCCUACUGGGUUGGAAGCGGUGGUAUACGGUCCAGAUGGCGGACUCUAUUACGCACUGGCCAACGGCAAGACGCAACUCACAGGCGGAGGAUGUUUUGAAGAUGUUCGGGGUGCGCCGAUGAGAGAUCAACUGCGGGAGUAUGUGGAGACUGAGCGGGAUGCGCAGACUCUCACACACGAUGACCCUGUCCUGCAUGCGUUGGACACUCUAUCUUUCUCCGAUCCAACCAUGCCAAGGCCCGCCAUUAUACAAUCACACGCACAAUGGUCUAAAGCGAGGCAUACGAAGCCGCGGCAAGAAUUUGCAGACAGCCAGCCGGUGGUGUUUGGUGGUAGGACGAGGCCACCAGCACCAAGACCUUCACAGGGGAGUCGAGUCCAAGACACGCCCUUCACGCAAAGCCUCGUGCCUAUCACGGAUUCCAACCGAGAGGGCUUCAUGGACGUCAUUGACCACAUGCGUUGGUCGAUCGAAGCACUUCAAGGACGAUAUAAUCGUCUAACGGAGCUCCAGCGGGCCUUCCCUCAGCUAUGUGUCACCUUUACGGACCAAGACAAGGUCCUACUUCCACACCUGACGGCUCAGACAAGCACGAAGAAGGGCGUGAUCCUAGAGACUGACCAACACACCGAGAUGCAAACGGCGCUAUUGGCCGACUACGCUAAUGCUCACACGCAACGUCAGCCAGGCCGUCGUCGUCCGUGGGCCCUUGUCGACCCUGGAUUGUUGGAAGUAGUUCGGGAGGCCGAACAGGAAAGUGAGUAA